AUGCAAGCGUCUCUUUCCACAACGCUCUGCGUUCUCAGUCUCUUCUUUGUCCAAUUACACAUGUCAAAGAUCUUUGCCCAGUGCAUGCUUCUCGUCGUGCUCAUCGGCAUGAUUCAUGGCCUCUUAAUAAUACCGGUGAUUUUCAACUUAAUAGCAGCACUCCCCUCAAGGUAUAAAGAUACAGUUACGAAUCGCUCAUAA